UUCACUCCUUCCCUCCCUGGUUUUGCUUCAGCAUGGCAAACCUGUAUUUCCUGUCCUGGUUACAACAUAACUUCAUUUCUAAAGUCUGGCACUAUCAGUACUAGUGUGCUUAAUGGUGAAGAGACAACUAUGGAGGAGAGCACAGAAGAGGACCUUGAGUCUCUUAUUGAAGACUUGGACUUCAUCCCUGGACACUUUCACCUGCUUCUGAAUCUAAACAUCGAGUCAAGCGGGCCAACCAACCUGCGCCUCCGUGACAUACAGAUGAAGCGUGAGAACCUACGUGCUGAGCUUGAGGCUGAGACAGGUAGGUUGCAGUAUGCUAUUCGAAACAUGCUGGGCCUGCUAGCUUAUCAUCUUGAUGAGCUAGAAGACGCUGAGGAGGUUUUCCGUAGCAUCUGCCAGGAGGAUCCAGGAAACCUUAAUGCCUGGGCCAACCUAGCCCACAUUUAUGAACGACUCGGACGGGACAGUGAAGAGAGCGAUUGUCUAGAACAGGUGAAAUAUCUCAUGGAUCUGGAGACCAGCGACAGCCCAACAGAGGGCAGGCUUAGGGCAAGCCGGUGCCUGUCAGAGCAGGCUUUUGCCCAUCUUCAUGAUGUGGACCUGGAGCGAGAGGAAGACCUCCAGGAAAGACUGACAACCUCACUCACCUUGUAUAACCGAGCUCUUCACUAUGGAGCUGAACUGAUCCCACAAGAAGAGAAGUGGAGCUGGUAUUUUAAAAUGGCAACAAUUCACAUAAAAUUGUAUGGUAUUGAAAAUGAUUCAAAGGAUUUAGAGCAUACAAGGCUUACACACUACAACAAAGCUCUGACACUGCUAGUGGAGACUCUGAAAUCAGACACAACACACCUCAAAGCACUUGCUUGGUGUUACCUUGGUCUCAUGCUUGAGAGGAAAGAUGAGUUCUCCACUGUGCCAAUGGCUGUUCAUGACUGUGGCCUGUCAGGAUCUGAACCGCUGUCAUGCUAUGGAUCGGGACUCAAACUGGCCACAGAUGAUGCAUUCACGUUGAAUCAUCUAGCCAGCGUUUUUUUUUGGUCAGGCAAACAUGAGAUGUCGAUGGGCAUCUGUAACAUGGCUCUGAAUGUGCUGCCUGAUGCAGAGCUAAACUGGAAAGCAUACUGCACUCGAGCUAAGCUUAAACUCACAAACUAUACAAAGGCCUUGGACCAGACAAAGCUGGGACUGAGUGGGAUUCCUGACCGUCAGGAACUGAGAGAGGCCCGAGCUGACCUUGAGAAGGUGCUGAGUGUUCAGCCGUGUCUCAGGACUCACCUAGAUAUGGGACAGGUUUACUACUAUAUGGGUGUGGAUGCUGUGAAGGAGACUAUAAUGGUGGACGAGAUGGCAGUAAAUCAGGCUUUGGUCAGCCUAGCACAAGCCUUGAAGUGCCCACUGGGUUCCACUGUGCCAGAAUUACAGCUCUUGCGCGGCCGCUGCUUGCUGCUCAAAGGAGAGGAGCAGAAUGCCAUCGACUGCUUCAGACAAUCGUUGGAACUGGAACGACCUGGAAGCUAUGAGCAGCAGGCAUUACACUUCUCGCUGGAGGCUCUGUUGACCAAUUUCACCAAGAGCACAGGGGACAUCAGUAACAUUUUAUCCCAGGUGGAGGAAUGUGUAAAACUGGCUGAAGAGAGACACGGCACUGACGCAGUCCGAGUAGAGCUCAGGCUGUUGUGUAGGACAUACACUGAUGAAGUCGCUGAGCUGUCAAGGGAACUGGUGAAGAAGGGGAAGUUAGGAAUGGUGAGGAGAUUACUGCAGAGCAUACAGCCACAGGAUAAACUGCCUCUGGGCAGAUCUCUGUCUCUGUAGGAGAAACAUAAGAAGUAGAGGACCAGUGAGCAUUGGACUGUGUGGGAUUUUCAAGAGGAAUCCUGGACUGUCAAAUACAAUGCUUACUAUUAAUUCUUGAAAACAGAGUGAAUGUAAUUUUUACAUAUUUUAAAAUUAACACAGGACAAAACACUACUGCUAGUGCAAUAGAGUGGAACAGUGUCAUUCUAAAAAUAUACAUUUAUACAUACACUUUGAAAAGCUGUUAAUUUCCUGUGGAUUACUGCUUAUUUUUGCACAAGGCCAUCUUCCUUAUUCAAAACUUAGCUUAAUAACAGACGCAUUAUAUCAGGCUCUGUAAAUAAAUAAUUAUAAAUCUGAA